AUGAAUAGUAUUUUAUUGUUGUUGUGUCUGGUUACGGUCCAAUCUAAACCCACAGAAGAGAUUCGUAAAGUGCUGAAACAAAAUAUUAAAACUAUUAAUAAAACAAGAAGAAUACUCGGCGGUCAUCAAGCUGGCGAAACAAGACCGUAUAUGGUGUAUCUAAGACCCGCGUCAGGGUCUGAGCUCAGUGUCCAGGACAACAACUGGCUGUGCGCUGGAGUCAUUAUACACGAGCAAUACGUUCUCACGUCGGCGGCAUGCAUCGAGGAUGCCAAACAAUUUUAUGUGGUCUCCGGAACGCACAGGUGGGUGCCACCAUCGGAAACAAAUGAAUGCAUAAAUAACGGAGCCAAGAAAGCAGUGUGGAAAUGUGUACCAAAGUUGUAUUACUUCGACGGUAACGAGUUCGACAACAUCCGAUGGAUGGUCAGAGAUAUAGCGGUGGUGAAGGUAGAAGACGAAUUCAACUUCAAGAGGCGCGUGCGCGGCUGCGAUUUCGUGCCCAACAAGAUCGCAUACAACAACAUCUCUGAUGACCUGGAGAAGCCCGGCACCGCCGGAUCCAUAGCUGGCUGGGGAUCCACGGAGAGCUUCACUGAUGUUCUUGCAGCAGGAAGAACUGACACAGUGAAUUCACCGGAUCUAUUAGAAGCGGAUGUUGUUUUGCAAUCGAAGAAGAACUGCAAGAGGAGAUGGGACGCUCGGUACCACCAUAUCAUAGACGAGGACAUGAUCUGCGCCAAAGACAACGUGGACUCGGAGUCUAUGAGCGGUUUGUGUGGUGAACAUGAAGUGAACUGCACUGAGCUGGUGUACUCUGAUGUGGAAGAGCAACAGGACACCAGACGUCUCGUAGUGGACCCUAGAAAGACACUUGUCCACACAUCUUCUCACGGGUCUAUUAUGGAAACCAGAAGAGCUAAGGUGACCACGGGAGGAUUUUGCGAGAAUGACCACGGGGGCCCUCUCGUGGUGGGCCGCGGUAAGACCGCCGUCGUCGUGGGAGUAAUCUCGGCCUGUCAGACGUUUGAUAUGUCUCUCAAGUGUCACGGGCCAUACCUCUACACCAGUGUCUACAAUAACAGACGCCUCAUCAACUGCGCUAUCACUAAAGAAAUGGGAGAAACGUGUAGAAGGUUGCUUCGUUCCAUGAAGACUCAAAUGACAGAAACAUUUUUCGACUGGUCUCUUAGAGCAAUAGUUCCAAAGCCAGUUAAUAAAUCUGUCGCCGUUAAAAGCAACGGUAAAAAUGUUUCCGGAACAACCAAGAAAGUCUUCCGAAAUAUAAUUUAUUAA